AUGGCUCUGUUUUUUCUCAGCGUGUGGCUCCUCUUGGGGGCUUGCUCGGGGUGCCAGCAUCCCCUCUGUCAGUGCUCGGACAGAAUGGCAUUCAUCUGUCAGGAGAGUGAGGUGACCUAUGUACCACGGGACAUCCCCAGGAAUUCCACUGAACUGAUAUUUUUCCUCACCAAAAUAAGAAUCAUACCGAAAGGAGCUUUCGCAGGAUUUGGUGAAGUUGAAAAAAUUGAGAUCUCUCAGAAUGAUGCCCUGGAAACUAUAGAAUCAGAUGUUUUCUCCCACCUGCCCAAGCUUUAUGAAAUAAGAAUUGAGAAAGCAAGCAAUCUUAUGUAUAUUGAUAGACAUGCGUUCCAGAAUCUUCCCAGUCUCAGAUAUUUGUUAAUAUCAAACACUGCCAUCAGGUUUUUGCCUGCCGUUAACCAGGUACACACUUUGCAGAAAGUUGUGCUAGAUAUUCAAGACAACAUAAAUAUACGCAAAAUUGAAAGAAAUUCUUUUCUGGGUCUAAGUUCUGAUCGUGUUGAUAUAAGGCUGAAUAAAAAUGGAAUCUGUGAGAUUGAAAACCACGCCUUCAAUGGGACUAUCUUGUCUGAGCUAAAUCUGAGUGGCAAUUAUAACCUAGAAAAGUUACCUAAUGAAGUUUUCCAAGGAGCCUAUGGACCAGGUUAUUUGGAUAUAUCUGAGACAAAGAUCAGCCAGCUGCCCAGCAUUGGUCUAGAGAACAUUAACAAGUUGAUAGCGAAAUCUACCUACAACUUAAAAAAGCUCCCUCCCUUGGACAAGUUCCAUGCUUUGAUUGAGGCAAACCUCACAUAUCCAAGCCACUGCUGUGCAUUUGAAAACUGGACUAAACAAAAUUCUAUGAUGCACCCUAUAUGCAAUAAGUCUUCGAUCUCUGAAGAGCCUGAUUUUUUUGAGCUGGAUGAAAAUGAUUACUAUCACACUCUAUGUAGAGAAGAGUUUAAAGUAGCUUGCUUCCCAGAGCCUGAUGCCUUCAACCCAUGUGAAGACAUAAUGGGCCACAUAAUUCUCCGAGUCCUGAUAUGGUUCAUCAAUAUCUUGGCCAUCAUGGGGAACCUUGUUGUGUUCAUCAUUUUAGUUAGCAGCCAGUACAAGCUCACUGUCCCUCGGUUCCUUAUGUGCAAUCUUGCAUUUGCUGACCUCUGCACAGGCAUUUAUUUACUAUUGAUUGCCAUCAAAGACAUGCAGAGUAGAAGUCAGUAUUAUAACUAUGCUAUUGACUGGCAAACUGGGGCUGGUUGUAAUACAGCUGGUUUUUUCACAGUAUUUGCAAGUGAACUCUCCAUAUAUACUUUAACUGUCAUCACAUUAGAACGAUGGCAUACCAUCACCUAUGCUAUGGAACUAGACCGCAAAGUCCGCUUCCGGCAUGCAGUGGUAAUUAUGCUGGUAGGAUGGGUCUUUGCCUUCACAGUGGCCCUCCUUCCCAUAUUUGAAGUCAGCAGCUACAUGAAAGUUAGCAUCUGCCUACCUAUGGAUAUAGAAACUCUGCUUGCCCAAGCCUACAUCAUGUUUUUGUUGGUAUUAAAUAUUCUUGCAUUUGUUAUCAUCUGUACCUGCUACAUCAGCAUCUACUUCACUGUGAGGAAUCCCAAUGUUUUCUCAUCCAACAGUGACACCAAAAUUGCCAAACGCAUGGCUAUACUGAUCUUCACAGACUUCCUUUGCAUGGCACCAAUCUCCUUUUUUGCCAUUUCAGCAUCACUCAAGGUCCCUCUGAUCACUGUAUCCAAUUCAAAGAUCCUCCUUGUUUUGUUCUACCCCAUUAAUUCAUGUGCCAAUCCAUUUCUUUAUGCCAUCUUCACCAAGACUUUUCGCAGGGAUUUUUUCAUCUUACUAAGUAAGUUUGGCUGCUGUGAAAUGUAUGCUCAGAUCUAUAGAACGGAAACCUCCUCUUCUGUUCAUACCUCCCAUAUGAAAAAUGGGCAUUAUACACCAGCUUCCAAAACCAGCGAUGGAACAAUCUAUUCAUUAGUCCCUCUGAAUCAUGCAAACUGAAGCAGAAUGGCCAUAGAUUUAUGUCAAAGGUUAUCAAAGAGUGAUCCUUGC